AACAGGGCUUGGUGGUCCAGGUGCGGGGGAGCCGUGGGACGGAAGGAUUAUGGCUGAACAGCAGUUCUGCCUACGGUGGAACAACUUCCAGGCCAAUAUUGUAUCAUCAUUUGAAGCUCUUCUAGACAGAGAAGAAUUUGUAGACGUAACACUUACAGCAGAAGGGAAGUCAUUAAAAGCACACAGGGUACUCUUAUCAGCAUGCAGUCCGUACUUCAGAGACUUGUUUCGAGACAUACCGGCUCAUCAGCAUCCAGUCAUAGUGUUGCGUGAUACAAGUUUUUUAGAAUUAAAAUCCUUAUUGAGCUUCAUAUACCAUGGAGAAGUUAAUGUAUCUCAAGAAAGAUUGGGGCUCCUUCUCAAAACAGCUGAGGCACUUAGAAUUAAAGGACUUGCUCAAGACAAGAGAACUAACGAUAUUGAACAGUUUGGAAGCCUUAGCAGUAGUCCCGAGAAGGAGCCAGAAGAGAGCCUGGACAGAGGGGAGUGUCGUGGAGGGGGGCCUGGAUCUCCUGCUUUAAGUCUUGCCUUCUCUGGGGUAGGCGGGUCGGUCCUGGCCUCCGUCAAUCCUCUCGUUCCCCUGGAGCCACCAAGCCACAAGCCACCGCACCUUUUGCAUUCACCACCGGCAAAGCGUCGCAAGCCUCUCCAUUCACCACUCGGAGGGCCUCCUAUACCCACACCACCAAUUCAACGAGAGAAUUCCAUUUCACAAGCGCCGCCUGUUACCUCCACUGCCUCAUUUGACGAUGAUAAAUCUGGUAGAGUAAUCAACUUGACUAUGGGUGCCAACAACUCUGGCAGUGGAGGUUCGCCCUCUCCAAGGCUAAUACCCAAGACUGAAUUAAAUUUAUCCGAGGAGGACGGGCCAGGUAGAGGCAGCAGUGGUGGUGGGGGGGAGGGCAGUAGUGACCAUGAGGUCGAGGAGCCGCACGAAGACGACUCCGUAGACCACGAAUUGUCUAAUACCACGGCUCCCGACCUGCAUGGACUGCCACAACACCUCUCAGCAGCAGUACAAAACUUUGUGCCAUACGCAGCAGCAGCAGCAGCAGCAGUAGGAUCCUCGCAGCUGGAGACCUUCCCGGGGCCAUCAGGAAGAAUGAUGCUAGCGGCUGCUAAUGGAGUGUUACCUCCCGCUAGUCAGGCAGGGUGGAGAGGAGGCCAUACAGAACCCAGUGACACCUCAGCUCAAGGUGGUCAUCCUGUAUUUAAUGAAUUGUUGUGCGGUGACGGUGGUUACGGGGGAAAGAAGGCGGUACCCACGCCUUGUCCCGUGUGCGGCAAAGUUCUCUCCAACGCGUACAAUAUGCGCGUUCAUCUGGAGACUCACCAGAACAUCACAUACAAGUGUAUCAUCUGUGGCAUCAUUACACGUACACGUGACACCAUGAGAAAGCAUCUCUCCAAUGUACACAAGCUUCGCAAUGUGGAACUCAAGAAUUCUUUCAAGAAGAUAACGGGCAAGCAGCAACCAACUAGUGGCGCUGCCGACACCACGACCCCAACCGCAGCCACCAUAACCGCAGCCACCACACCAACCAAACUUGCCACCUCAAAGUUAGCUUCCCCUCCUGACUUAAAGCUCUCAGGGAUUGCCAGCCCACUCUCUGAGGCAGAUAUUGGCCAAACCUCCUUCCCUGCUAUUGAUAGCCUUGGGGCCCUCAAUUUGGCCAAGGGUAAUAAUCUGGCCUCCAUAGUGAGCAAACUGAGUCAGAAGCAGUGAAUGACGUAAGAGAAACACAAAGCAGGAUAUCCGUUAUCUCCUUGAGUGUUUGACCGCCUUGCACCGAUAAUCCAAAGAUUCGUCUCCCCAGGAUAGCGUACUAAACUGGAACGGAGUCUGGCACCGCGUUGUCAAAAAUGUCGCACUUCCUAGUCCAUUGUAGGGCAGUCAGUCAUAGGACAAAGCUUGCUAUGGCAACUUGGCUUUUUAUAUUUGUUUAAUACUCAGGUUUGGAAAUAAACCGAGAAUAUUUAAUGCAUGAAUGAAUAUGUAUUGACUUACAGUACGGUGCCAUUAUACUUUAGUGGCAUUUUACUUUGAACAUCCAGCUUAACCAAAGCUUUCAAAGUUAAUGUGGCAAUAAUGUGCAUUAACUCUUACAUGGCCAGUUUUUUGUAUGUGAUAGAUGUCUUCCCAAGUUGUUGUUAACAUUCUUUGUUAAUGUAAUAAUAGUAGGUAAUCCUUUUUUUUCAUUUUUAUUUUGAUUAUUUUGCCAAAUGCAAGUCAAGUCUUUUUAAAAGUGCUCUUUAUGACUCAAGAAAGGUGCUAGUUUAUUAUUAUUUUAGUUUAAGCUUUUAAUAGAAUGUUUAUUACUUAUAAGUGUUGUGAUUUUUUUUUUGUUUUUGCUUAGCUAAUGCCUGUUUACUCUUCAUUUAUUACAUUGAGCCUGUCUUACUUUCAGCCUUUUUAUUGUAUCUGGCAACUUAAAUAAUUUAUUUUAUUUAUUUAGUAUCCAGUUUGUGUGUGUGUAAUGAUUAGCAAGAUUUACAGAGUCGGUACAAAGAAACUGCUUUGAAACAAUCUCUUCUUUUAUAUUUUAAUAUAAACCACUUUGAAUUGAUAAGAAAUGACUGGGAAAGUGACUUGUAUAAGAAUUCUUUCCUGCACAAGAAAAUGUACAAAGGAAACGAUAAUGCAAAGGAAACUAUGAUAUCGAGUUAGCGUACGGAAACCCACCUUGGGAAUUAUUGAACUGUUUUGCUCGUGGUCCUCUCGCAGUUUCACAGAAUUUGGAAGAGCUGUGUUUUUUGGGUCAAAUUGUCGAUUGUUAAAAUUUAAUUGGAUUAAAUUGAAUAACCUUACGGUUAACUUGAAUAGGAUUCCUAUAUUGAUUCGACUACAGUCACUGACCCACAGCCCGCCACCUUAAUUACUUUCGUACGAGACCAACAGUGGCUGGACACACAGGGGGUCUCGGUUGGAUGUUGGACGAUACCCUCGCUAUCUAAAUAUAUUUCAAUAGAGUCCAAAAAUACAGCACGACAUUAAAUUAACAUUAGGGUACUACUCUCCUAGGGGCAAGGAGUAGCUUCACAUUGUAGUUAGUGACAAGUGGUGUUUGGGUAAGAAUGAUGGUCUUCGUUACAUUUCUAGGGUACAUUUAGCAGAAAUACUAGGAUUUUUUAUUUAAGUUUCCUGGCAGCAUUAGAAAAAAAACUAAGUUUUCAUAAAUUGCUCUAUGAUUUGAAGGGUGGUCUUUUUUGCGCUUCUUAAUUCAGCAACUCUCUUCACCUACCAGCUCAGCAAUGCAUACAAUGUUUAUUCUCAUUUUAUAUUUAUAAGAUUUAUAAAUUUAUAUUUAUAAAAUUGAUUUUAUAAAUAUGAAAAAUGUAUAUUUAUAAAAUUUCCGCGGAUCUGGUCGAGGACCGAGCCGCGGGGACGCUAAACCCCGAAAUUAUAGCAAGGUAUGAAUCUACAGCAUUAUGUAGGCUUAGAACAUUGAUUUGGCAUAGACAUUUGUUUGAAAUUAAUGUCUUAUUUGUUAAAAAAAAACAACUUGUGGGGAUAAUCAAUGUGGAGCAUGCAAAACACCGCCAAGUUGACCAAAGUUUCGAAACAUUUCACAGGGUGCAGCUGUUUAGUUUCCAAAAUAUAUUUUUUUAUCCAAAUGUGCUCUAAUGAUUAAAGUAUAUUGCUGUAGAAAGGAGGAAAAGAUUACUUGAAUAAUGCUUAUUGAAUGAGCAAAGUGAAGGGCAACUUGUGCUCGGAACCCUCGACUAUAUGCGGUAGGUGAAGUUUAUACUGUAAUAAUUUUCUGUUUAUGAAUUUAAUUGACAAUGGACAAUGCAUUUGGUUUUAAAAUAUUAAAAAAUUGCCUAGUAAAAUUUAAAAAGAAAGAUCAAUUAAAAGGGAUAACCAAUAUCGGAUGUUAGAGGUUCCGAGAGUUUACAAAAGUUGAUGGACAUUUCCAUAUUACGCAGCUAUUUAUGAUCUUCAAUAUGUAUUUUUGUAUAUGUAAAUGUGUGCAAAUGAUUGAUCAUAUUGCUGUAGAAAGACGGGAAAAAUUACUGGAAUACUGAUUGAACAAACUUAAUUUGUUCCAACCCUCAUCCCACAUUCCAUGGCUGCCGUCGUUGGCCCAGUUUCACCCAAUAUUGAUCGUGGAAAGACAAAAUACAUGCGUUAAUAUUUAUAAAGCUGUAUAAACAAAAAUACAUUACAAUAAUUGAGAAAAUGUGUAAAUGUAAUAUGUACAAAAAUAUUACAAUAAUUAAGAAAAUAUGUAAGUGUAAUAUGUACAAAAAUCUUAUCUCUUUUUACCCACCUCUGUGAAUCUCCACUUGUGACUUGUGUGGCCUAGGGAGGUGUUGGUGUGCCGAAGGACUCUACAUAGGCAGUCGAGUCUUUGUAUAGUGUGUGGGAUUGGAACCGGUGCUGGUACUGCUGCCUGGCAUGUUCCAGUUAGGCCACUCUAAAAGUGUCACCACCACUGGUCUUCUCUGUGCAAUGAUAGUCCUGUUAACAAACCAAAAACAUAGCAAUAACUUGUAGGGGAAAUAUAGUAUGGCAGGCAGGGAGGGGUAGCGUGAACGGGAUCCGUAUUUUUCUGCAGAUGUCGGAGCCUCCUGUGCGACUGGUAUUCCGAAAGAGAGUGUUCUAUUCGAAUGUUCUAUUCGAAUGAAAGUGCAGUGCUGGGUUCAAUAAAUUUUGAGGAGAAUUAUCACUUGUUUAUAGAAUCAUUAGCUGUUGGUUGCCUGAAUCGACAAAUUUCAACAUUUUUUUGUUGGCAGGUUGAGAACUUUGAUUUUGAUAUAGAACGUUACGAAAUGAAUGGUAGAAUAAAAACUGGGUAACCAGUUUCAGGCAUGUGAAUUACUUAAUUUUACAUUUUCACAAUGGUGACUUACGAUCACUGCAUCUUUGGAUAUGAAGGCUAAUAGUGAAGGACAACACGUUGCAGUACUGCUUUAUUAGAAUAUGAACGGGUUAGUUUUUAAUUCAUGAAAAGUGUGUGCAUUAAUUAACAAAAAUUCUUCCAUAUUUGUUGGGCACUUGGAAACUCUUUGAUCUUUAGAUUCCUUUUAGAUUAUACACUGCAUAAUAUCCAUUUUUCUAUCUUUAUAACCACCCUUUCUAACAAAUUUCAUCUGGCAUGUUCUCUUGGCCAUAUCUAUAGUAUAAUAUAACAAUCACUAAUCUUAAAUUGGGACAUAUUUAUUUCACAAGCUCAUAUUUAGCAUCAAGAUUGAUAUAAAUUCCUUCUCACGUUCUAGAGACUUUGUUUCUGUAAUGUAAACAUAGUUUUUUCUUAGCUUUUGCUUCUCGACUUUUUUUUUUCACAAAAAAGUCUUAUCUGCCCGAUUGUUUUAAAAGCAACCAGACCAAAUGAGAUCCAGAGUGUGUUUCGUCAUUUUUUCGAGAUUGAUGGUUUUGCUUUAUCUUAUGCUUGUGCUAUACAGUACUUUAUAUCAAUGUCUUUGAGGUGGCAUUUAUAUUUUAACAGAUUUAGGUUACCCUACAGCUCGUUUGAGGCAGGCAUCUGGCAAAA